AUGUCUGUGACCGCUUUUGCUGAAGCAUUCCGUGGUAGACUAUCACCAGUCAAAAAGUUUCUCGAAGAAUAUCCUGAAUGGAAAGACAAAUCAGGUCUAUGGCAAACGACAUUACUGUAUUCCGCAGCACGUCAUGGUCAAUUAGACAUAAUUCAAUAUCUAAUCGAAGAGGCAAAUUGUUCAAUCAAUGCUCAAAAUCAACGACAAGAGAAUGAUAUAACUGAGGUGACUUCCUCCACGGCCCUUCAUCGUGCUUGUUCGCUUGGCCACUUAAGUCUUGUAAAAUAUUUCGUCGAACAUGGAGCUGAUUAUUUCAUUCGGAAUCAAAUGGAUCAGACUCCAAUUAUGGCAGGAAAACACCAUGCCAAUAUCCAACAAUAUUUUCAAGAUUAUCUAAUCAUUAAAUAUUCGAUGGAUGCACCCUCAAGUUUACCAGACUGUACCUUUUCCGAUGAUUCAAGAAGACCCAUGGCCGACGGUUGGUGGGAAUACAAACCUAUUCGAGAUCCUCAGUGGUACAAAUUCUCCAAAGUUGGUGCUGCCCAACUUCGCGAAGCUCUAUUACCAUUCAAAGAAUUUCAAGAACAAGUUUAUCUAUCGUUGGGAAAGAAUUAUCUUUAUUAUAUUUCCAUGAUUGUAGAAAUUGAUAAUUAUCAACCAAUGACGAAUUUAGAACCGAUUCCUCUCACUACAAAACAUCUACGAGACGUUGUCACCAGUGGUGCAAAUGAUCAAGAGGAGAACAUUUCUCGCGAUGAUGAUGUGGAUGACGAUGGUUCGGAUAAUGCGGAAAUGGCUGAUAUAAAAGAUAUUGACGACGUCGAUGAUGACGAUGAUGAAUAUCAAAAUAGUGAAGAGAGUACUGACAAUUCUCAGAGCGCUCCUGCCCAAUCUGAAACAGCGGCUGAUCCUUCUGCGGAGGCAUUUUUCCAUCCAACUGUUGACAAAAUAGAAAAGAAUACAGUUGUAACCAUUGCCACUUCGACUGGAUCAGGAAAAUCUACCCUUCUACCAGCAUUAUUGAUUGCAGAAGGAUAUGAUCGAGUUUGUGUCACCCAACCUCGUCGUUUACCAUGUACAUCGAUCUGCAAUCGAGUGAAUAAAACGAUGAUGAAUAUAAAAGAUCGAUUUCCAUUAGCUGGUUGGUCUGUGAGUGGUGCUGAACGCAAUACCGAUGCUCAAAUCUUGUAUUUAACAGAUGGUCUCCUCAAAGAACGCCUUUUAUUCGAUUCAAACUUUAUUGAAAAUGAAAUCAGAGGUGAUAAACGUAUCGUUCUGUUCGUUGAUGAAGUGCAUGAGAGAUCGAUUAACAUCGAUCUAUGUCUAGCACUCAUUGCUCGUCUUCUUACCGAACAACCAUCAUUGAGAUUGAAGCUUAAAGUAAUUAUCUCAUCGGCGACACUCGAUAAAUCCGUCCCAACUCUGUUUCAUCAGAUUCCACAAUUAAAAUUCGAUCAAUAUCAAAUGCCAUUCAGCCAAACUCUUCAUAAGGUCGAGAAAAUCUAUCGACCCAAAGAGAACAUUCUUGAUGUGGUACAAGAAUUAUGUCGUAAACGACAACGACACGAUCAAAUUCUGUGCUUUGUUAGCAGUGUCACCGAUGUCUAUCAGUAUUGUAGUUUGCUAGACAAACUUAGUCGUGGCAUAGUCAUUGCUCAUCCACUUGUUCAAUCACAAUCGGCAAAUGAACAACAACGAUGUAUUGAGCAUGGCACUAUUUUCUUCUCUACUACGGUUGCGGAAACAUCUCUAACAUUUCCGUCGUUGAAAUAUGUCGUGGAUACGGGUAUGAUCAACGUACCCAUCUACGAUCCCAAAGCGAAACAAACAACUCUGAAAGAAGUACCUGCCUCAGAAUCGACCAUCAAACAACGUUUAGGCCGACUUGGACGAACGAAACCAGGUGAAUAUCAUGCUCUGUAUGAUUCGAAAAUGGAACGACGGACCUAUCCCAAACCUCAUGUGUGUCAAUCGAAUUUAAUCGAUGUAGAGUUUUCAUUACGGCGAUCAUCGUUAGGCAAUGGGUUAUCUCAUCUGAAAAAAUGUCUUCCAGAUCCACCUGAAUCGACAUUGAUUGAGGCCGCAGUAGAAGAACUAAAGCGAUUAGGUAAGUAA